AUGUCAUUAUUAACAGCAUUAGGUUUAAACACUAGAGUUCCAUACCAUUUCUUAUUUUAUUCAUUAAGUUUUGGAGGUUCAGCUUUUUACUCAUACAUUGUAUCACCAUUGAUUUUUAAAAAUUUAACAAGAGAAGAAUUUAGUAAAGUUCAAUCAAAAGUAUUUCCAACUUAUUUUAAAUUUCAAAUUUUAUCACCAUUCAUUUUAGGUUUACUUACACCAUUUGCUUAUUGUCCAUUUUCAGUAGGAACAUUAGCUAUAAGUUCAAUUACAGGAAUGUUAAAUUUAUUCUUUUUUGAACCUAAAUGUCAUGCUAUUAAAGAAGAAAGAAUUAAAUUAGUUGCUAUCAAGAAGGAUAAAAAAGACAACGGAAUCGAACCAUCCGAUGCUAUGGCUGCUUUAAAUUCUCAAUUUGGUAGAUGGCAUGGAUUAAGUACCUUAAUUAAUACUUUAUCUAUUGUCUCUUUGGGUGCUUAUGGUUUAUUUCUCGCUAAAUUUUUGACCUUUAUUAGAUAUUAA